AUGGCUUCUGCUGAUACACCCAGUCAAGAGCCCAACGGCUCGAUCAUCGAAAAUGAGGGCAACUCCCUACGCGAAAGUUUUGGGAGCAUCAUGGACAAGCUAGAAAGCGAACUGAAUCUACCUAAAGAUCAGCUUGAGGCAAAUAAUUCAUGGAGCAUUGACUACAGUGUUUCAGCGAUGGCGGUUUUCCAUCUCAAGGGAGACUGGGAGAUAUUCAAAGGUUUCAAGCUUGAAGGUGUCAGACUCAAGAUUUAUGUGAACACGUCAAGGAAGACACCGGCUAUUCUCAGUGUUGAGAUCAAUGCCUAUAUGAUGGUCAGGGACUACAAAGCUGUCGUGACUGGAAGAAUCCCUUUUAUACAAAAGGGGCGUGAUAUCGAAUUUGUCCUAAAGAUUGAAGCUUCAAGCUCUGUUGGAGUCAUCGACACAGGAGGACUGGUUGAGGCAUGCACAAAUGGUGAUCAAAACAGCAAAGAUACUACGCAGAAGGACUCCCAACAUCUAGUCGAGAAAGCUGGUCUACUGGAAGAUACGGCCGACGCUGCCGGAGCUGAACUGAUUGUUGUUCGAACCGCCGAAUCGAAGACCUUCUAUCUCAAGAAGUUCGAAAUCAGGAUAUCUGCACAGCUUGAUUGGAAUAUUCUCCCAGGAAAAUUUAGACUUGAAAGAGGAACAGCAAGGCUGCACUUUUCAAAGAAAAGUGACAAAGAUCCAUUCCUAGCACAGCUAGAGGUUGCGGGACGCGUGUCAUUGCAGGAUCCUUCCAAGGUCAUUAUCGGUGUAGUGACCUCGCUUUCUGUGAAAAAGGGGGACAUCCUUCUUGCCUUCAAAUGCAAAGUUGCAGCUGGACAGGGCGUCCAGCCAGCAAAACUAGUAAAUCUCAUUGCUGACGAAAAUGCUGCUGAUCUCUCACCAGAGUUAGUGAAAGCACCCCCGAGCCUGGACUUGGAGGAUGAUAACUCAUGGGCAUUUGAGCUUGGUGCAUCACUGGAGAGAAAGGGGGAGAAAUGGGCUCUGAGACACGUUCGAGCAGCUGUUCAGAUUGAACGAGUGUGGGCGCCAUUCCCACAGCUGCUGAUUGGAAAUGUGGGCGCUGUUAUUUUGGUCUCCCGUCAUGGUUUGAAGGUGGAUGAUUUUGAAGAAGACGCAGCCCUGAGACGCCCCGAGAACGGUGAGAGACUUAUGGCGCUCGAGAAAGAAAACCCCACACCAGAUCAGCUCGACUCAAACAAGCUGAAAGUCUCGGGGUGGCUCACAGGCAUGAUCUAUCUCUACAACUUGCAGCUGGAGGGAACAGUCCAGUACGAUUCUGGAGUUCUCCACAUCCGUUGCCAUAUCAAAAAUACCCAGUCGUGUUCUUUUACAGGGAUUCUUUCAAAUCCACGGAUUCACACCGUCGAUGGCGACAAAAGCAAGAAGGUCCCAACUAAAGAUGAAUUGGCCGAGGCACUUGAUUCUACCGCAGCCCCAAGUGAUUGUCCCGUCGACUUUUGGAUGGCUUCAUCUCCAUAUUACGGAACUGAGAGGAAGUGCAACAUUUCAUUUAAGGACUCUCAUCUUCGCGAAGUCGAAUUCGUCGCUCGGUCUGCUGGUGUUGAUAAUGGAUGGAAACUAACCGAAACCAUUUCCAUUCAUGAUAUGGGACUCUUGAUAUCCUACAAGGCAUCCAAAGACCGCGAAACAGGGAUCGGGACGUUAAAAAGCUAUGCAUAUGGGCAUUUAAAACUAUCUAAGAGUUUCACGCUCUUUGCUCUGGUUGCUGGUCGAAAGGAGGACAAGAUCAAGGAGUUUUUCGUCCACGUUUCCGCCACACUUCAACCUCAGGCGAGCGUUGGAGUACCCCCCAAAAAACUUUUCGAGGAACCAGCGAUGAAAAACUUGAAGCCUCAAAUAGAGGGAUGGGAGCUUCCAACAUCGCUUCCCGCCGAGGGAGGAAAUGUAUCCGCAUUGUUUCAGUCUGCUUCGGCUGGAGUGAGUCUCAAGAUGGCCGAAAAGGAGGUUACCAAGACAGAAGAUGAGACAUCCGAGACAAAGACUUCCCUUGUCUUUGCGCAUGCAUAUCUAGAUGUCAAGGGAAGCUGGGAGAUAUUCGACGGGCUCCAUUUGCAGGGGAUAUCUUUGCAUGCUCUCGUGAUGCCCGCGUCUAGUAACCAGCCAAAUGAUUCAUCGACCACCCAGAUCGAAGUUAAAGGAGCUCUUCAUGUUUCCUCUGGAGAUCCUGGCUAUUAUAUAGUCGUCUGCGCGGGCUUUACAAAACAGAAAGAGGAAAGUAGCUUCACGGCCCGUCUCAUGGCGACUUCCAGUGGCGGUACCAGCAAGGAUAGAGUGGAAGAAGACAGUCAACAGCAACUGCCACUAUCUCCAUCUUUAGUCCUAAGCCUCUCUGCUUUUGGUGGCAAAGAUCUCGAGACUGCAGAUCACAGUACCAUACCGCAGGACUUUCCCCUGCAACCUAAACAGAUACAGCCUUCCACAAAUGUCGGAUGUACCUUGGAGGUGCGCAAGGACAAACAAACCAACAAAUGGGGACUAGAUCAAAUUGCAUUUUCUAUCAGAUCAGAUAAAGAAUGGGAGGUUGUUCCUGGUCUUCUCGGCAUGAAGCUACUUCGAUUCGAUUUACAGGUAAAAAAUCCGAAACAAAAAGACCGCGAGAUUCUGGCGUCUGCUGCAGUCGAUAUCUUCAUCAAUGAUCUAUCACUAGAGAGUACACUUCUCUUCCGCAAAGCCCAGAAAGGGAAUAUCCUCCUUUUCGAGCUCAAUGUCCGAGGCGAUAGAGUCAGUUCAAUGCUGCGCAAUCUCGCUGAUGAACAUGUUAAUAAAUUGGCACCCCCCGAAACACCCAAAUUUAAAGAGACUGCUUUCUUCACAGUACGCGUUGUCUGUGUCUGGACCUCUGAUGAUUCUAAUUCUGGAAAAUCCAAGCGUUGGCUCCAGGCUAUUGAAAUCGACUACGAUCCCGCAGACACACUGAAUAUCGAUCCAUUCAAGGUCCAAAAGCUGCAGCUAUCUCUCCUAUGGCAGCCACCUGAAGUGACUGGUCAGCGCACUAAGCCAGAAGUGUCAUUCAAAGGCGAGAUACUUUGCGGCAAGGUUCCCGUUGAUAUUAAUCUAUCCUAUGAGAACUCCCCCUCUCGACAAUUCGUAUUCAAAUUACUUCCCCAUGAAGACAAGCCCCUUCGUCUAACAGAUAUAAGUCAAACCGACAGCGGGAAAGAUGGGAAAGGACUACCAAAACCAAAGUAUGACCUACCUGAGGGCUGCAGGUCCCUAGAUGGAGUGAAGAUGACAGCUAUUCGUGGUGUUUAUGGUCUUCAGUCAGCCCAUGUUCCAAAGUCAAAGCUCUUAGAAUUUGACGCAGACAUUAAAUCCGAUCAGGUGAUCGACAUAUUGGACCUCGGAGAUGAGGUCAAGAUUCAUCUGUACAAACUCAGUCUGCACUGGAAGUAUCGCGAUAACAACAACAAACCUGAAUCUACCGGGCAUGUCUUCGCCCAUCUCGGGUGUCGCAAGCAGAACCAACAAGGAAAGCUCAAGAGUGAGGUCCUAGUCGGGUUCCAAAAAGACAAAGAUGGCCGUGAGAUAUUCAAGGGGUUGCUCGAGUUGAACGAAAACCUGCCUGACACGGACAGACCUAUUGACUACGAGGAACUACUCGACAAAUUUCUGCCUCCCAAGUCCUACGAAAAGCCAAGCGAUCCGAAAGUUCCCUCACAAAUUCCUCUGUUGAGUAUAUCUGUUAUUUUGAUCCGACAUCAGUCUAUUGAGAUAAGUGGUUGGGGAAAGUCUAAAUGGGGUCUACCUCUAGACGGAGCGGAUAUUCAUUUAGACCAGUUAGGCUUAGAUUUCAGGGCUGAGAAACCCAGCCAGGAUAAACAGGUCAAAGCAGAAUCCCAAGGAAAGACUGAAAUUCAGGUAUCUAUAACGGGUGCCUUGAGUCUGAACCGUCUUCAGUCAAUAGACGAAUUCCGUGCCAGUCUAUCGAUCAAACGCGGAUCCACCAAAAUCCUUCGAGCAAGCCUGAAAAGGAGCAGUAUAUCAUCAAGAGACUCAGUAGGAGACCUUGAGCAGUUAAUCCAUCAGGUUACCGGCAUUCCGCUGAAAGACAUUGCUCCAAAUGUAUCAACCAAGUUGUCUUUCGAGGAGACUGCAUCUAUUCAGCUCUAUGUUGAUUUUACAGAAGCCUCCAACUUCCGCAUGAUUCUACGUGGAGAGAUUGCUGGCCUAGGCAAAGUGCUUUUCUUCACACGGAAGGGCAAAAGGUCCUGUGGUAAACGAGAAUAUGUUGUGUAUGCUCAAUCGCCAUCAAUCCAGAGCCUAAUUACCAUGUCUCCAUCAUUUUCCUCUGAUGUCGAUGCAGCCUUCGACCUUGCGCCUAUCGAAGCAGGAAUCAUUUCGUAUGACGGCACGGUCAGAGAGUUUAAUGCUGAUAUCAAUGAGGAUAUCGAGCCUGAUGCCAAAGAGUCUUCAUCUUCAGAUUCAACCUUUCAACCUUUCCCUCCCUCAGCUCCCAUCACAAAGCCAAUACUCAUGAUUCCAAACCAGCAGAAUCUUUGUAAAGGAUUCUGGGUAUUUGCUGGCAUUCGACUAGGAGGCGAAGGCGCCAUGUCACAAGCACUAAGAUCCGUGACCAAGCCUCAGCAAAUGCCUCAGGUCGCCUUCUAUGGAAUGAUCUCAACAAAGCUAAGCGAGUAUGGGAUUGUGAUCUACGAUCUCUAUGUUCUAGACAAGUUUUUGAGAAUCGACAAAGCCAGUGGAACGUACCGCAAAGAUCAUUCCACAGGCCAGCAGAGUAUCAACUUGGAAGGUACAUUAAGCUUUCUAGACCUUGGUGGACAGGGAGUGGACUAUUCCAUGGAUGUCGGUGUAGCCAUCACAUCGAACAAGACAACAUUCUCUGUUCAGGAGUCCGGAUCUGACAAUACAAGUGAAGUUAAAAACCCCUUUGGGGAAAUGUUCAACGUCACUCUUUUCUUGAAGUCUGUAUCCGGGGAAAUCACAUACGAGAAGGGGAAGGUGCUGAACAGUCAGUUCAGCAUCGUCGGUCAGGCUGCUUUUGCAAAUCAAUCCCCGAUAAAGAAUCUGGAAGCUAGAAUAAUCUUCAGCAAUGGUGUACCACAGGUUGUUGCUGUCGAGUUCAAACAGCUGGCUGUACAAGGCCCUGAGGGACUAUUUGGCAGCAUUAUCCAGCCAGGUGCGGCAGAUGAAAUGCCCGGGUCAUGGCCAGAGGAUUAUCCUGAUAUAAAACUAAUUGAAGGCUCCAUGUACUAUGCCAAAAAGGAAAUUGCCUUUGAGAAUAAGUGGUCACCAUCAAAAGGAAAGAAGAAGUAUCUUGCUGGCUACAACGUCGUGGCCAAUCUAAAACUUCUUGAUGUAAACUUUCAAGUCCUAGUCAAUAUCCUCCCCAAACGUUCAGGUGUUAGUAUCAAAGGUGUGCUGGAGGAGCCCAUUGAACUGGCAUUUAUCAAACUGGCACACACCUCUCUUGCUAUCACAGCUAAAAAGGGUAAAAAGGAAUUUUCAAUCAGCAGCGACGUGGUAUUCUUCGAAGAAAUCAAUCUCAAUCUCUCCCUGUCAUACCAACCUGCGUCACGAUCUAAUGACAAACCCGCGAGCUAUCAUGGCCGGAUAUUCCGAGUCAAAGACAAAGAAAACCCAUUCGUAUCGAUUCGGUACCGGGAUGGUCAGUGGGUAUUUGAAGAUUGGGACUUCCCUUGGCAGCCAGAGGAUGGACCACGCAUUGAUGAAGCAAUUGAAAUAGCAAGCAAGUUCCAGUCAAAGGAUUGCGAAUGUGAAGCGCUGGUUGGUCUGGUCUUCGAGGAGUUCAUUGUGCCCAAGUUCAAAUGGAAGAUCUCAUCCCCAGCUGGGAAAACACCGAUUUUUAAGGACGGUUUGCUGAGCCUCCGAGUGGUUUGGAGUUACAAUAUCAGUGUCCCUAUGCUGGAGCUAAAUCUGCUGGACUUUUUAUUGCCGGAUAUCGGCCUAUUCCUCAAGGGUCCUUUUAGCCAUGCAGGAAUAAAAGAACUCCUUCUCAAGGCUAUUGCAGACAACCUGCAAGCAAUUGGGCAGGCCAUUCUCAAUCGUCCAGAUGACUUUUUUAAGAUCAUCUCUGUCAUAACCCUCGACCAUUUUGGGCCAAAGCUAAUUGCCUCUCUCGUCUGCCGGCAGAAGUAUUCAAAAGUCAAGGCUCAAAACCUCAAGGACUGUGCUCAGGAAAUAAUUAAUGAUGAGAUCAAGGAUCUUGAAAAUGGUGCUGAAGCUGAUAUACAAGCACUUGAUGGGUUGCAGGCUAGCUUGCUAGGUGCUCUAGGAGGUGGCGCUGGGGAGCUUCUUGGAGAUCUUCUUGUGGCCCUUGGCUUGCUGUUAGUGGCUCUCUUUAUUGGUGGCGGCUCUGGUGACAGGUAUCAAAAGGAAACACCUGUCAUGGACGCUUCUCCUGGAGAUUAUAAGGAGAAGUUCUCCGACCGGCUUAAGAAACUGGAGAAAGAUCGAGAAAGGGCUCGAAUAAAGGCUAAGGGGCUCAAAGAAAAAGCCGAGUCUGCUCUUGCUCUGACUGGGAAGCCUCUUCUAGAAUUUAAGAGUGUUAAAGGGCAGACAAGCCUAUUUGUUGAUUGGACAAGUGCUCUGCCAGCUAUAGUCAAGUCGCAGCCGAAAGAUUUCCAGGAGAAGAUGUCGUGGAGAGUGAAAAUCCAGACUAUCAAUGGUCAAAAUAUUGGCACUGUUACACUACCAGGAUUGACAACAUCCACUUACUAUUCUCUGCCAUCUUGGGUCUCUGAUGGGACUACUUUACAGGUCCUAGUGCGGUCCUCUUGCGAGUACUCAAAUACAAUAUAUACUACCCCAUGGUCAUCUGCAGCCAUCUUGACAUACCAUGUGACACUUCCUGCCCCACCUGACGAUAUCACUUUUUAUCCAGAUUGUUCCCCAGAACCUGGUAUUGCCGUCCAGUUCUCUCCUUCUGUUGGUGGGACAUAUGAGUUGUCAUUGGUUCCUUCGGCAAAUCCAAGUGCGGAUCGUGCUAUACAUAACAUAACGCAAUCAAUCGCCUCUGGGGGGAGCUACGUAUCAUUCUGGGGUAUGAUACCAUAUCUUGAUACAUUAGAGUCACUAGAUGCUGUCAGUAUUCUCGUGCGUUGCAUAUCCAUUCCCGGGGCAUCCCAGCGAAAACCGUCAGCUUGGAUUUUAUCCAGGAAACAAUUGCGUCUCUUCUCCUGCCCCAGUCUUAAACCAACAGGACUCUACUUUGACGAUGGGGCAUGGAUCGAGUUCCCCGAUGCAUGGGAUCAGGUUGAGUUUGUUGAGAGAUAUUUGAUUCGGAUUAUAGAUUCCAACGGCAACGUUGUACAAGACCGGCAAGUUUUUGAAGAAUCCGAUGCAUAUCCUGGAAUGCGAUGCUUCGUGGUGAAGAAGCCAGAUCUUGCUUUCAGUCAAUAUUCUCGAUAUGCUAGGGUUUUAGUCACCCCUAAGCCUGUUUCAGACCAUGAGGAAGCCUUCCUGCUUCCCCAAAGAUUCACGGUCAAGUUUGACGAGGGCUUUACUCUCAAAAUCGACAAGAAAAGCUAUUAUGAUCUGGAAACAAACAAAGCUAUUCUCGUUUUUCAUAUUCACUCUUUCAAAGGCAUCCGUUACCAUGUUAUUGUUGAAAGCCUGGAUGAAUCAGAGAAAGUAUCUGAUCGCCAAAACCUUGGCGAUAGAGUUGGAAGGAAUAAAGACUAUUUCUUUGUGCUAUGGACACCUUCAACCGCUGAUCCUUCCAAGGUUUUCUCUCAAGAAUCUUCUCAUCCAGCUUUACCUUCCGCUCUACGAUUGACUGCUCUUGAUCCCAACGUACAAAAUCGUCGACUCAGCCCGCCCUCCAUGCCCUGGUCCUGCCCUGAUACAAGUAUCGCCAUGAAUCCGCCUUGUGUCGAAGCUCAGACUCUUUCCUAUUAUCGUAGUCUUCUCCGAAUUGACUGGCAAAACCCACCCGGUCACAGUCACGAUUUUGGUUUUGCAUUGGAGCGCCACAUAUCCGUUAAUGAUCCCCAGUACCCACUAGCCAAGGUGGAAUAUUUCCAGAGAGCCUCUCCAGGUGCGAAUACUCUCACGUUCUCGUGGGAAUUAGAAAGAGUACGGCAUAAGGGGGUAGUUCACGUAUGCUCUGUUGCUUUCACAGCGACUCAACUUCUCAGUUGUCGCUAUUGCUUCGAAGUUCCUGGCUGGGGGCCAAAACUAUAUGAAAAUCCUUUUCCUUUAUAUUUAUAUUAUACGGGUCCCCUUCCAAGAUUUGAUGACUUUGUUCCUCCCCCGAGGCAGUCCCUCUUCAAAGAGCCCUGUUUCUUUGUCAAAACAAUGUCAGACAUCGGAGAGUCUAGCGAUUGGGCGAUUCGAAAAUUUUCCUUUGACCCAGUCUCAAUGAAACCAACACUGACGACGGUUCUUCAGGAUAAUUCAUUGAACCAUGAGGGUGGUAAACUAGCCGUAUGGACUCUACCAGGGACACAGCACUGUGUAGUUUCCUAUAUCGCAAAUGACGGCAGUAUCCAAGCCAGAUUGAAUAAUGGAAAGUCUAGCCACAUGAAUGACUGGUUUUCACUAUCCGACUUUCCCUUUGGUUAUCCAAACAUGGCCUCUACCGCUGGAGGUGGUGCGCUAUCCGCCGUACAGAGCGAAGAAAAAUUGGACCUAUACUGGAUAGGCCCGCCGGGUGACAUCAGAACGAUCAGUUUUGAAGCCAAGAGAGGAUGGAGCAGCAUGAUAAUAGGCCUCACUCCGGAUGGGGCAAUUCCUGUGGAUCUAGAAGAUUCCGAUGACCUACCUGAUAUAUAUACCCGAGCGCUCCACACAAUAACGACAAAGUCGUUGGUACAACCAGAACGAACCUUUAUCUUCUGGAGUUACAGAGAUAGCAGGAUACCAUUCGUGUUAUCACCAUCACCAGACAACAAAUUGAGAUAUGUCAUCAGCCCCUCCAGCAAAUUUCCAAGACCUGGGGGGCCUGGAAUUACAUGUGCCAUCACCAAUUAUCAAGGUAACCCGCAACUAUGGGUUUUUUGGGUGACUACGGAGGGUGCUGUAUACGGUGCUGUCAACAGCCCCACUACAUUCGACGAAGACCCUUGGACCAUUCUUCUAAUUGCCCCUAAAGAGAGUGCCUUUGUCCGGACUCAACUUCAGACAAUUCCCCUCGAAAAUCCCGAUGAAAAUCCUCUGGUCUUGCUGUGGACUCACCGUGACAACCGUAACUUGAACUCUCUCCGAGCUGCAUGCCCCAUGUACAGCCCCUCUGGCUCGUUGGAUACGCGCUACUGGUAUAGAUUUCACCUACCAGGAUGUCCACCCUUGCCAGGAAGCUCUGAAUAUCCCCGGGUAUCCGUCAUUGUGGCAUCGGAAGGAGGUACAUCUUCUACUAAGCUCUCGCCGCUAUGA